AUGAGCCCUCGUCCCAUCCGUAUUGCCGGUGCUUCAGGCUCGGCCUCUGACCGGCGCCAUGCCAUCGCAGAGUUCGCUCGCAACUAUCCCCUGGACCCAGUCGACGUUGUCAUUGCCGAUUUCCUGAGUGAAGCCAACAUGGUCACUGGGGCUGCACGCCGCGUAGGUCAGGGUACACAGAAUCCAGGCCCUCAGGGGAUACCAACUGCCAACUUACCGGGCUAUGAACCAUCAUUUCUCCUGGCCCUACAGCCUGCUCUUGACGACCUGGCCAAGCAUGGCAUAAAGCUAGCGGUCAAUGCGGGGAAUACAGACACAGAAGGUCUCUUUAAAGCAGUAACACAAAUGAUACAAGCAAAGGGGCUAAACUUAAAGGUGGCUUGGGUCUCUGGUGACGAGGUUCUUUCUACCGUUCAAUCUGCCCUAUCGUCCGGAAAAUCCACGUUCAAAAAUGUCUACACAGGAGAAGCACUUUCAGACUGGGAUUUCGAACCCAUCUUCGCACAGUGUUACUUGGGAGGCCUUGGAGUCGCUGCAGCAUUCACCCAGGGGGCCGAUAUCGUUCUCUGCGGUCGAGUAUCAGACGCAUCACCGGUAAUCGGCGCCGCAGCAUGGUACCACGGUUGGAAACGCAGCGACCUCGACCAACUAGCCAAUGCGUUCGUGGCCGGCCAUCUCAUCGAAUGCAGCAACUACGUCUGUGGGGGGAACUUCACCGGCUUCAAAUCCCUCGAGAAAGUCGGCAAGGACGGCUGGUCUAACAUCGGAUACCCCAUUGCAGAGAUCUCGACAGACGGUCAAACGGUCAUCACGAUGCAAUCCUAUGCUACCGGUGGUGCCGUCACCGUCGACACCUGCUCAUCCCAGCUCUUAUACGAGAUCCAGGGUCCCUGGUACUUUAACUCCGAUGUUACCGCCGUGCUCCCAGAUCUCUACUUCGAACAGAUUGGUGCCAACCGCGUCGCGUUACGUGGCGUCCAGUCUGCACCGCCCCCUCCGACGACGAAAGUUGGCAUCACAGCCCGGGGAGGAUUCCAGGCCGAGAUGUCAUGGUAUCUAGUAGGACUAGACAUCGACGCAAAAGCACGCAUGCUGGAGGAUCAAAUCCGAAAGAUUCUCGCACCCCACUCGUCGAAACUAAUGGCUCUGAAAUUCAGCAUCCUUGGUUCAGUACCAGAUAAUCCUCACGACCAGAACAGCGCUACUGUCACUUUUCGAACGGUCGUUCAGGCCAGAAAUGCAGACGACCUCGCUCCUACUUACUUCCUCCGUCGCAUCACCGAUAACAUCAUGCAGGGCUACCCCGGUGCGACAUUCAACUUGGAUACUCGUCAGGGGUUCCCCAAACCCGUGUACGAGUACUACGUAUCUCUCCUCCCACAAGCAGAUGUGAAACAUCAAGUUCAUCUCCCCUGGUCAAACAAAAUCAUCGAUAUCCCUCCUCCCCCCGUGACAAAGGAAUUCCCCCCUCGUCAACCCUCACAGUAUGAAACAGUAAUUUCCGUCCCAGCCAACGGAAUCCCAGACUUCGGACCGACCGUGCGCGGACCCCUUGGGUGGAUUGUCCAUGCCCGGUCUGGUGAUAAGGGCCCCGACGCGAACUGUGGGUUCUGGGUGCGUCAUGGUGACGAGUACCUAUGGCUUCGCUGGUUGCUGUCCACUCCGAAGAUUAGGGAGCUGUUAGGGGAUGAAUACACCGCUCAUCCACUGGUAGAGGUUGAGCGGUUUGAGAUGCCGAAUUUGCAUGCGGUGCAUUUCUUGUUUCGGAAUCUGUUGGAUCGCGGCGUGGGGAUUACGACCACCGUGGAUUUUCUGGGGAAGAAUGUUGCUGAGUAUUUGAGAGCCAGAUGGGUGAAUUUGCCGGUGAGGUUUUUGAAUAGGGGAAAGCUGUAG